UGCGAGGGGGGGAAGAAAAAAAAAAAAAAGGGCAUAAAAGAAAGCCGAUUGUAGACCAGCAACACGCGUCAAACUUGUUCACUCUGUCCAUGCCAGCCAUGCCUCCCGUGCAAAUUCAACUGACCAUCAUUGGCUGCGGCACUCUGGGCCGUAACAUUGUCGACGGUCUUCUGCGAUCUGUGUCUCUCCAGCCAACCAAGAAUUAUCGCCUGUCCCUGACCACUCGCAACCCUCAGCAGCUGUCUGGUCUUCAGCGCGACUAUCCCACUGCUCUGGUCACCGCCGACAACAAAGACGCUCGCAUCUGGCAGGGAUCUCCUCCAUCACCGCUUCACAUAGUCGUGAUAGGCACUCAGCCGCAGUACACUGCGAGUGUGUGCCGUGAUAUCUCUGAGGCUUACAUGAGUUUUCACCGCAGCCCUCAUGUUCCCGUCGUGGUCACGGUUUGUCCCGGAAUCACCAUGUCACAGCUGGCGCAGGAAUUGCCUCCCAGGGCGCCGAUCGUGCGGUCUAUGCCCAACACCCCUGUUGCCGCGGGGCAAGGGGCGACUGCUCUUUUCGCCAACCAAUGGGUCGACGCGAAGUCGAUGAAUCAGGUCGAUCAUGUCUUUCGCGCCAUCUCUCCGACCGUCGAGGUUCUGGACCGUGAGGAGAUGAUGGAUGUUGUUGCUGCUGUGUCGGGAUCUGCCCCCGCUUAUGCCUUUCACCUCAUGCGCUCCCUGGCUGACGCCGCGACUGCUCGAGGCAUCCCCGCGCAUGCUGCCCAGGAUCUCAUUGUCCAGUCCUUUCUGGGGGCAGCGAUGUUAGCCCGGCAGUGCCCGCCAGAGUCGCUGAGCAAGUUGCUUUCGGAUGUUUGUGUGCCCGGUGGAAGCACUGCCAAGGCAAUGGCCACGCUGGACAACUAUCGGGCUUCGGAGGUAGUUGACCAAGCGGUGCAGGCUAGCUGGGUGGCUAACCAGGCCAUGGGGGAUUCAUGGACUCGCCAGAAUGAUGGCACAGAUGAUCCGGCGAAGGCCACGCAUAAGAUCUAGGACUACAUCUUGUACUGGACUUGGUUCUGUAUUUCACUGCGAUUAUUGCCAGACAAUCUGUCUACAUAGAAACUAAACGUCAAACGCCUCCAGGCAAGCCUCCACCAUCGCUCGCCACCCC